AUGUCUAACCAGGAGGUCAUUGUCUCAGCCCCCGUCCCCAGCGAGGACGCUGUCGCCCGCAAGUAUCAAAAACGUCAUUCGCGUCAUGGCGCGGCAUGUCGACCGUUCGCGAUCCCUAUGAGUCUUCGGAGAGACUAUGGAGAGUACUCCGAGGAUGGAAGUGACAAGAGUCUGCCUGGAGGGCCGAAUCUGGAGAGAUCUCAGAAUGGUGGAAGAGCUGUCUCACGUCUUCCCUGUGGUCUCCUGCACGUCUGCUUGGAAACUUGGGACUCAAAGGGUUGCGAACGGUGCUGUGCAGAGACGAGGAUAGCGCAGAUGGUCAAGGGGUCCUUCCUUGCCGACCUCAUCGUUGACGCUGGUAUCGGAUUCGGAGCUGGUGUUAUCGCCUCCGUCAUCCUGUUCCGUCGCCGCGCCUGGCCCAUCGCCCUCGGCACUGGUUUCGGUGCCGGUGUUGCUUACUCGAACUGCAACUUCCGCCUCAACCCCUACGUCCUCCCAGGCACCAAGGUUGUUGUUACGGAGACCAAGCAGUAG